AAGGGUACCAGGUUCUUCUGUACCUCAUUCAGCUGAGCUGUGUCUGCAGUGAAACCAGAGGAUCCUCUUAACUAUGAGGCUACUCAUCCAGACCUUCACCAUCUGCCUGGCUCUCUCUCUCUGCCUGGCAGCUCCCUCGCAUCAUCAUGACCAGGUUGAAAAUGAAAAGGUAAGUGGGGCUCAUGCCGACCACCAGAACAAUGGCAACGACCACCAGAACAAUGGCAACGACCACCACAAGGACAAUGACCAUAGCCACAAGGACAAUGACCACGGCCACCACUUUGAUCGCUGCAGUGAAUUAGUGUUUGAUGCUGCAAUUGAGGACAAGGAAGGAGUUCACUACUUCUUUAAAGACGAUCAUGUGUUUAAGGGGUUCCAUGGUGAAGGUGAGCUUACAAACAAGACCUUCCCUGAGUUGGAUGACCAUCUGCUGGGACACGUGGAUGCAGCAUUCCGUAUGCCAUCUGAGGACAGUCCUGACCACCAUGAGCACUUGUAUUUCUUCCUGGAUGACAAGGUUUUCAGCUAUGAAAAUCACAAGCUGGAAGAUGGCUUUCCAAAAUCCAUCUCUGAGGUAUUCCCUGGUAUUCCAGACCAUUUGGAUGCUGCAGUUGAGUGCCACAAGCCUGACUGUCCCAAUAACACUGUAGUCUUUUUCAAGGAACACGAAAUUUACCACUUUGACAUUGACACUAAGGAGGUUCAUGAGAAAGAAUUCAAAAGCAUGCCCAACUGCUCCGCUGCCUUCCGGUAUGCAGGACAUUAUUACUGUCUGCAUGGCCAUGAUUUCUCCAAGUUCAACCCCAAUACUGGCGAGGUUCAUGGAAAAUAUCCAAAGGAAGCCCGUGAAUACUUCAUGAGUUGUCCCCAUUAUGGUGAUAAGACGGAGGCAGAACACAUUGAAAGAGAGCAAUGCAGCCAUGUGCACUUGGAUGCUAUCACUGAGGAUGAUGAUCAUGACCUGUUUGCUUUCAGAGGCCACCACUAUCUCAGUAAAAUCGAUGACAAAUAUCAUGCUGGCACUAUUGAAAGUGCCUUUAAAGGUCUGCAUGAUGAUAUUGAUGCUGCCUUUGCCCAUGAAGAUCACAUUCACAUUGUCAAGGAUGACAAAGUGUAUGUCUAUAACAUAUCACACAAGCAAGGAGAGCCUCACACACUCCGAGAGGGUUACCCCAAAAGUGUGAAGGAGGCACUUGGCCUGGAGGGUCAUAUAGAUGCUGCCUUUAUUUGUCCUAAUGUGUCCAUUGUUCAUGUCAUCCAAGGUAAUAAACUAUAUGAUGUAGACUUGUCCCAUGAACCACCUACCCACACAGAGGCACAUCCAAUCCCAUAUAAGCAUGUUGAUACUGCCAUGUGUGACCCACACGGUGUGUCCGUUGUGAUUGAUGACGACUUCUACCGCUAUGAGUCUCCCAAAACAUUUGUUACUGCCAGGAUCCUGCCUCCGAAGCAGGAUGUGGCCAAGGAACUGCUUGGCUGUGAUCAUCAUGUGUGAGGGACAGAUAGAAGAAAACACCACAACUACAGGAGGACUACACACCUUCCAUACUCUAAAUAAUGCAAAGUUCAAAUCUAACAGUCUGUUGUGGUGUUCCUCUCAGUUUUACCACUCUGGCCUCAAAUGUAUCUUCCUACCUCUGGCUCUCUGUUUAACUAAGCCUGACUUUUAUUACAAAAACUGCAAAUUAAGCUAUGUCUCUGGGCCACUGUACAGUGUACCAUUUCAAAUAGCUGUAUGCAUACAACAAGGCUAUUAUAUCUGUCAGUGCUGUCUGUAAAUGGAGAAUCUCUUGUGCACAUUGUGGCAGAUUAAUAAACUAAAGUAAAAAUA